AUGGUUUCUAAACUGAGCCAGCUGCAGACGGAGCUCCUGGCGGCCUUGCUCGAGUCGGGCCUGAGCAAAGAGGCGCUGAUCCAGGCGUUGGGUGAGCCGGGGCCCUACCUGCUGGCCGGAGACGGUCCCCCGGACAAGGGGGAGUCCUGCGGUGGCGGCGGUCGAGGGGAGCUGGCUGAGUUGCCCAACGGGCUGGGGGAGACGAGGGGCUCCGAGGACGAGACGGACGACGAGGGGGAAGACUUCACGCCGCCCAUUCUCAGAGAGCUGGAGAACCUCAGCCCCGAGGAGGCAGCCCACCAGAAAGCCGUGGUGGAGACCCUGCUGCAGGAGGACCCAUGGCGUGUGGCUAAGAUGGUCAAGUCCUACCUGCAGCAGCACAACAUCCCGCAGCGGGAGGUGGUCGACACCACCGGCCUCAACCAAUCUCACCUGUCCCAGCACCUCAACAAGGGCACCCCCAUGAAGACACAGAAGCGAGCCGCCCUGUACACCUGGUACGUCCGCAAGCAGCGAGAGGUGGCCCAGCAGUUCACCCACGCAGGGCAGGGUGGGCUGAUUGAAGAGCCCACGGGCGAUGAGCUACCAACCAAGAAGGGUCGGAGAAACCGUUUCAAAUGGGGCCCAGCAUCCCAGCAGAUCCUGUUCCAGGCCUAUGAGAGGCAGAAGAACCCCAGCAAGGAGGAGCGGGAGGCGCUGGUGGAGGAGUGUAACAGGGCGGAGUGCAUCCAGAGGGGGGUGUCACCCUCACAGGCGCAGGGGCUGGGCUCCAACCUCGUCACAGAGGUGCGCGUCUACAACUGGUUUGCCAAUCGGCGCAAGGAAGAAGCCUUUCGGCACAAGCUGGCUAUGGACACGUACAGCGGGCCGCCACCAGGGCCAGGCCCAGGCCCUGCGCUGCCUGCCCACGGCUCCCCUGGCCUGCCCCCACCAGCCCUCUCCCCUGGUAAGGUCCACGGAGUGCGCUAUGGACAGCCUGCAACCAGUGAGGGGGCGGAAGUGCCCUCAAGCAGUGGUGGUCCCUUGGUGACAGUGUCUGCACCCCUGCAUCAAGUGUCCCCCACGGGUCUGGAGCCCAGUCACAGUCUGCUGAGCACAGAAGCCAAAUUGGUCUCGGCCACUGGGGGCCCCCUGCCCCCUGUCAGCACCCUGACAGCACUGCACAGCUUGGAGCAGACAUCCCCGGGCCUCAACCAGCAGCCCCAGAACCUCAUCAUGGCCUCGCUUCCCGGGGUCAUGGCCAUAGGGCCUGGUGAGCCUGCCUCCCUGGGCCCCACGUUUACCAACACGGGCGCCUCCACCCUGGUCAUUGGCCUGGCCUCCACGCAGGCACAGAGCGUGCCGGUCAUCAACAGCAUGGGCAGCAGCCUGACUACCCUGCAGCCCGUCCAGUUCUCGCAGCCUCUGCACCCUUCCUACCAGCAGCCGCUCAUGCCCUCCGUGCAGAGCCACGUGGCCCAGAGCCCCUUCAUGGCCACCAUGGCCCAGCUGCAGAGCCCCCAUGCCCUCUACAGCCACAAGCCCGAGGUGGCCCAGUACACCCACACGGGCCUGCUUCCGCAGACCAUGCUCAUCACCGACACCACCAACCUGAGCGCCCUGGCCAGCCUCACGCCCACCAAGCAGGUAAGGCCCAGGCCUGCCCCGGCCCCUCUGGGUCCUGCCCCAGCGCACACCCUGGGGGCUCAAGAGCUGCCCUUCUGCCAGGUCUUCACUUCAGACGCUGAGGCCUCCAGUGAGUCCGGGCUUCACACACCAGCGUCCCAGGCUGCCACCAUCCACAUCCCCAGCCAGGACCCUGCUGGCAUCCAGCACCUGCAGCCCACCCAUCGGCUCAGCGCCAGCCCCACUGUGUCCUCCAGCAGCCUGGUGUUGUACCAGAGCUCCGACUCCACCAACGGCCAUAGCCACCUGCUGCCAUCCAACCACAGCGUCAUUGAGACCUUCAUCUCCACGCAGAUGGCCUCUUCCUCCCAGUAA